AUGUCGCAAGCCAAGGAAACCGUCCAGAAGUACAUCGACGACAACGCCGUCGUCGUCUUCUCCAAGACCUACUGCCCAUACUGCAAGGCCACCAAGCAGACUCUCAAGGACCUCGGCGCCGACUUCCUGACCGUUGAGCUGGACACCCGAGACGAUGGUGCCGCCCUCCAGGACGCUCUCGAGGAGAUCUCUGGCCAGCGCAGCGUGCCGAACAACUACAUCUCCAAGAAGCACAUUUGGCGGCAACUCCGACCUGCAGACCCUGUCCAAGAAUGGCCAGUUGAAGAAGCUCGUCCAGGCGGCCAACGCCAUCAAGGCGAUCGAGAUUAUUAUUAUGAGCGGUAG